GCGGGUAAACGCCGCGAACUCCGCUAUGAAUUGUUUACGGAAAUAAAGUACUUAUACACAAAGUUUUAAAAAAUGUGGGUGGACGUUAAUGGACGAGAAAGACAGAGCUAUAUGUCCCAAUCGAAUGGUUCUUUUAUUCCUGGAUACACGGGUCAUUGCCCUCUACUGAAGUUUCGCUACGGAAAGUGCUACGGCGACAACACGCGACAAAUUCUGAAGGAAAUACGGUCUAAGGGAUUAUUUAAUAAACCGCUGAAAUACCGCCCUGGUGACAACUACGAGCUAGACAACAUGCCACGACGAGACACACCAACACGAGACCCCUACAACGGCAGGCAUAAGCAGCCUGCUUACAUGACCGGCUACACUGGAUAUGUACCAGGAAUGAAUUUCACGUAUGGAAAAUCUUACGGUCGAGCGGCAGACGACUGCAUGGCAGAUUUCUCGGCAAACCAACGAAACUUGCGACGUAAAGCCGACUUGAACCGGAGUUACAUUCGAUCGAGAAGCGCACCGAAAAUGGAAACCGUGCAUUCGAGAGAUGAAAUUCGACGCGAUCUUAAUAGAUUCAUAGAAAUCAAUAAAUACAAAGAGAACACAAUAUCACCGGAAUUCCCUCCAAUAGCCGGUUACACCGGUCAUAUCCCGCGUAUAAAAGGCUCGGAAGCCUCACUCAGCCAGCGAUACCACUGCGCCGCGAAACGUGGCUUAGAACUAAUUCAGAUGGAAAGGGACAAGAUGAAGGAACUACAAAACGCAGAUACUAACAUUAAAUCAAUUCUAAAGGAUAAGGAAAAGAAAUAUUCGUAUUGUAAUUGGGGAUAACAUACGGGUAGAAGAAUGUUCUUCACCAAGAAUCGAUGAACAUUCUUCUAAUUGGAAUAAUCAGUAUUUUCGAAAUGAUAGUAUUUUGUUGUGAUUUCUCACUAAAACGUGCAUGUCGCCUUAAUUUAAAACUGUUCACAGUACUCUGAAUUCUGUCAAUUAAAUUUCAACUUUUAUAUAUUAAAUACUUGUAUUCAUAAAGAAGUUUCAGUUUUAAAAUAAAUAACUGUAAGAAACUUUGAUUCAAAUCGUAAUAACAUUAGAUGUUUCUUCUAAUCAUUUUUAUCAAGAGAUAAUAGGCGACAACGUAAAA